AUGAGCCAUCCCGACUCCGACGAAUCGCCAUUGAAGACCUCUGGUGCUGGCUUUGGCUUGAACCAGGAGGAUCCCACCGCUUUUCUUGACGAUUUUGAUACUCAAAGCCAUGCAAGCUCCCGCGAUCCCGGUAGCACACAGACAGCUGACCCCGCGACGGGUCCCGACGGUGCGCUAGACAGCCACCUGGAUGCUACUACCCGAGACAUAAAUUCUGCAACUGUCGAUAAGGACGACAGACCCAUGUGGAGCGAAAUGAAAACUAAAGCUGGCAAGGAGCGGAAGCGGUUACCGCUGGCCUGUAUCGCAUGUCGUCGCAAGAAGAUCCGUUGCUCGGGGGAGAAACCGGCGUGCAAGCACUGCACGCGCUCAAGGAUACCUUGCGUAUAUAAGGUCACCACGCGAAAAGCUGCGCCGCGGACGGAUUACAUGGCCAUGUUGGACAAGCGAUUGAAAAGAAUGGAAGAUCGCGUGAUCAAGACGAUUCCCAAAGAUGAGGCGAGAGACAUGGCCUCGAUCGGUAGGUCGGUCGUCAAACCCUCAGCGCAAGGGCAGCUUUCAAAACAACAGAAGAAACGAAGCGCGGAUGAGGCUUUCUCUGCGGAAAUGGAUGAAUGGACUCGAGAAGACCGCCGCCCGCCGCAUGAGACUCUCCCGAUGAAUCGCGAAAUCAAGUCCUCGGAUGGAUCCGGACUUCUGACCGAGGGGGCGGAAUUCUUGCCUUCGCUGGAGAUACAGGAGCACCUGGCUGAGGUCUUUUUUGACUGCGUCUAUGGACAAUCAUAUCUACUCUUACACAAGCCGAGCUUUAUGCGGAGGCUCAAAGCUGGCACCGUUCCCCCAGUCUUGAUUCUCGCGGUCUGUGCGGUCUCGGCUCGAUUCUCGACGCACCCCCAACUUAAUUCAGAACCACCGUUUCUACGCGGUGAGAACUGGGCCAAUCCGGCUGCAGCGAUUGCGCUCAGCCGACACGAUGAGCCGAAUAUCACAAUUCUCACCGUCUUUCUACUUCUGGGCCUUCACGAGUUUGGAACAUGCCAUGGUGGAAGAAGUUGGUCGUUUGGUGGGCAGGCUUUGCGAAUGGCAUACGCCCUGCAGCUUCACCAAGAGCUCGAAAGCGAUCCAUUACUCGGACAGGGCAACAGCAAUUCACAGUUGAGCUUCACUGACCGAGAGAUUCGCCGAAGGACAAUGUGGGCAUGUUACUUGAUGGAUCGCUAUAACUCCUCAGGAAGUCAGCGACCACCUAUUGGGAAUGAGAAGUUCCUACAUAUCCAAUUACCUAUCAAGGAAACCCACUUUCAAAUGGAGAUACCUGGCCCUACAGAAGACUUGGACGGGGACAUCCUGAAUCCCACACCCGAAAACUCCGGUGAAUUGUCCAAUGCCAAGGAUAACAUGGGAGUGUCAGCGUACAUUAUACGUGCCAUCGUCAUUUGGGGUCGUCUUGUUGACUAUCUAAAUCUCGGUGGAAAAAGGAAAGAUACACAUCCCCUGUGGCAUCCGGAGUCCGGAUACACGCUACUGAAACGGCAAAUUGAGGAAUUUUCUUCAUCACUUCCAGGACCUCUCACUUUUACCUAUGAGAAUCUCCAGAUCCAUGCUGCGGAAAAAAUAGCAAACCAGUUUUUGUUCCUCCACAUUAUUAUUCACCAGAACAUGCUGUUCCUCAAUCAGUUUGCAAUUCCUCUAUCUCCUGGAGGGCGGCCACCCAGAGACAUGCCGAAACCGUUCCUUAGCAAUGCAGGUCGAGCAGCAGUUGAGGCUGCUCAUCAUAUUUCUGUACUGUUUGACCGGGCCUCAGCCUAUCCGCUCACGGUUCCCUUUGCUGGCUACUGUGCAUACACGGCUAGUACUGUUCAUAUCUGGGGCAUAUUUUCGAAGAAUGUGCAACUCGAGGCUCGUUCAAAGGAGAAUCUUCGACAUACAUAUCGAUAUCUCAAUAAGAUGAAGAAGUACUGGGGAAUGUUCCACUAUAUGGUCGAAAGUGCCAAAGACCGGUAUCGACAAUUCGCCGAUGUGGCCAUCAAGGGAUCUGUGGCUACACACAAUGGUACCUCAUUGGCUCCGAUGUUCCAAUACGGCGACUGGUUUUCUAAAUACCCCCACGGUGUCUCCAGGUUACACUGGGAGGACCCGGAUACGCGACAUAAAGAGACGGGUGACGAUGCUGUUAUGGGCCAGAAGCCGGACCUGCAGAGUGUCGAGGAUUUCUUCGCCAGCCUGUCACCAACGCCGCAACCCGCUCUUCCUCGCAAAGUACGUUCGCGCAAAAAUAGCAAACUCUCCGACAGCUCGGGCGUGGAUCAAACAUCCCCAUCACAGAUGGAGGUGACCAUGGGAAAUACCCCGGGUAUCCCAGGAAGCGCAUUCCCCCAGCCGUCCAUGUACCCACCAAAUCGGGCCUUGUCAUUUAAUCAAUUUGACUUCAACAUCCCCCAGGACCAAUUACAUCAGCUUGAUCGACAGUUCGUCUACGGCUCGUUCUCGGAAUUCGAUCCCACAAACUUCAUGCCCCAAAAUAAUCCGCCUAUACCACCCGUCAACGGCGUUGAUGCACAAGGCACGGACCACUCCCUCUUCACCGGUCAACUUGAUCCAGGUGCGCCCUCCGGGACUGGUGAAUUUUAUCAACCCAGCGCAUGGUUCCUGCCUUUCAACUUGGACCCGCUCGGCGGUGCCGCCCAAGGCCCCCCGCCGCCUGCUCGGAACUCACAACCUCCUCCUGCGCCAGCGCCAGCCCCUGUCCCCGGCUCGAGUGCUGGUGUAAAUGUCCCCGGUAUACCUCCCUUUGUUGGAACGGGUGAUCUACCCUUAAGUGCGUAUGAUCUAGGCCUAGGCGGGUCAGACCUGGGACAAACCUCGCGGCAUGGGUAA